UCAAGCAGCUCACAUCUUCACGUGUUCGUGCAAACAAGCGCGGUACGCACGCAAUGAAGGCUUCCGCAAUUGGGCUGGCGUGUUUCGCUGGUAUCGCGCACGUAAGUGGGUUCGUGCCACACGUGAUUCCACGUGGCAGCCGAGCGUCGCACGAUGUGAGCUCGCUUGUUGUGGCAUCGCGCCCUCUCCCUCGCCCCUAUCGACCAACAGCCGGCAGGGCCAAUAGUAGCCUGUUCAUGAAUAAGGGAGGGGCACAUCUGGGGGAGGAUGGAGAGAGAAAUCGAACGAGACAUCUGAGUUCACUGAUGGGUCACCCUGGCGGUCUUCACAAGGUUGCUCUGCUCGCCUUGGCCGGAGCCGUUUCAUGUCAACUUCUACCUCACGCAGCAGUAGCCGCAACCGAGACGGCCGUGCCCAUAGCUUCAGCAGCCGUCGACGGUACAUUAGUGGAAAGACUAACUAGUUCGGGUUUUUUCCAGGCCUUUUCACUCGUGUUUGUCUCCGAAAUUGGUGACAAAACCUUCUUCAUUGCCGCUCUUUUGGCGGCGAAAACAAGCCGCCUCAUCUCCUUUGCGGGCUCGGUCGGGGCGCUGGCGGUGAUGACGGUGCUCGCGGUGCUCUUGGGGUUGGCGUUUCACUCCGUGCCGUCCGUGUUCACGUCUGGCCUUCCUCUGGACGACAUCAUAGCGGCGGCAGCUUUUCUCUACUUCGGAAUCAACACCUUGAAAGAUGCCUACGCGCUGCCGGACGAUUCCAACCAAGGUAUUGAGGAAGAGCGGGCCGAAGCCGAAGAGAGCGUCAAGGAGCUUGAGGGGAAGAAAACUGUUUGGUGA